GAGUGUCUUAAAAUUCAUCGUUCUAGUUAUGCAACACGUAGCUGAUUGCAUGUGAUUCUUCACUCUCAGAGUGAUGACUCUUCGAUUACAGUGUCGGAUCAAGUAGAGAGAGGUUUAUCGGUGAAGAGUUUGAAGUUUCUUACCCCUAAAGAAAAGGUAAGAUAAUUGUGUUUUCUAUUAUUCGUUUCUUUACACACACACACAACACACCGACCGCGGAGAAAGGCAGAAAAACUUGCUAUGGAGGAAACGUUUAGGAAGGAGUUUGAUCAUAUGACGACCAAGUACCCGGGAUUUAGGUUUUCACCUACUGAUGUGGAAUUGAUCUCUUUUUACCUUAAGAACAAGCAAGAGGACUUGAAUGAUGCAGCUUCGGUCAUUCCAGUGGUUGAGAUUAAUAAUUUUGAGCCUUGGGAUUUGCCAGCUAAAUGUCCAAUAUACUCGGAGUGUGAAUGGUACUAUUUUACUUCUCGUGGGAGGAAGUAUCCCAAUGGGUCUCAAAGUAAGAGGGCAACUGAAUGCGGUUAUUGGAAGGCAACUGGUAGAGAACGGAAUGUGAAUUCGGGGAACACUCUUGUUGGUACAAAGAGGACACUGGUUUUUCACAUUGGUCGUGCCCCAAACGGGGUGAGGACUGAUUGGAUCAUGCAUGAAUAUUGUGUGAUCGGCCAAUCACAGGUACAAGACUCAUUGGUUCUUUGUCGUCUGCGAAAGAACAAUUAUGUUAGCAUAUUUGAUGGUGAGCUGCACCUUGAGCAUGAAGCGGAAAUUAAUGAACAAUCUGGCAGUGGCGAAGGAAUGAAGGUUGAUUAUCCAAAACAUAACACUAGCAACACCUCAGUUGAUCAACAAAAUGAUUCGGAAUUACCCUCUGCUAAGAAAUUUGCAGCUGGACCAAGCUCUCAGAAGAUUGAUGAGGAUGAUGAGGAAGAUUUAUAUGCCGAAAUACUUAAAGACAAUCUCAUUGACCUCGAUGAUGCAUUACUUCCUCUGUAUCCAAGCAACUUCUUGUUGUCCACAUAUCCACCCGAGCAUCGAAGAACUGCGCAAAUACCCAUUGAAACUUUCCAGCCGAACACACAAACUGCACAAAUACCCACCUUACUGUCGAACACACCACCAGUACAAACUGUAGCAAAUCAAAGAGUAAGGAUUAACUCAGUAAAAGGACAAUCAAGUGCUCAGUCAAGAGGGAAGACAUCUGUGACCAUCUUCCCAAAACAGAAACAGAUCCAUGGGAAAAAAUUCCCAUCUUGCAUCGUUAACCUGUUUCAAGACAAAAAUAUCCGCUUCCGUUAUGCAUAUAUAUGUGCUGUGUUUAUACUGGGUUUGUUGCUUCUGCUUUGGCUCGUGGACAUGUUUAUGGUUUGAAGAAGGUAGACUUUCUUGGUAAACUAUGGUAGAUGGACAUUAGUGGUCGAAUUUUCAAAAGCAUGUUUUCUUUUUGUUUUUGUGUUUGUGUUAGUGUUGUUGGAGACACAUGUUGUUGCUACCUUUGGUUUGUAUGUUUUUAAUAUCAGAAAAAGGAGCCCCUCUAGUAGUCAUGUUUGUCUAAAAGGAUUAUGUAUUAUUCUUCUAUAUGAUCAUGGCUUAUGAAGGGUGGUUUAUCUUUAAUAUAAAUUUCACCUUUUCUUGU